AUGCUCUCCGCCCUUCAAAACCCCCGGCAAGCGGCUGCCCAACUGCUCAACUUCGGCCUUAUCCUCUCCACCGCAUUCAUGAUGUGGAAAGGCCUCUCUGUCAUCUCCGACUCUCCUUCGCCCAUCGUCGUCGUCCUCUCGGGAUCAAUGGAACCCGCAUUCCAACGAGGCGAUUUGCUGUUUUUAUGGAACAGGAACCUGAUGGAGGAGACAAAGGUUGGGGAGAUUGUGGUGUAUAAUGUAAAGGGAAAGGAUAUUCCAAUUGUGCAUCGGCUGGUGAGGAAGUUUGGUCUUGGAGAAGAAGCAAAGCUGCUGACAAAAGGCGACAACAACCUUGCAGACGACACAGAACUCUACGCCCGCGGGCAGGAUUACAUUGAGAGGAAAGAUAUUAUUGGCAGCGUCAUUGCAUAUAUACCGUUUGUGGGCUAUGUUACAAUCCUCUUAAGUGAGCAUCCAUGGUUGAAGACAGUCAUGCUGGGGCUAAUGGGUCUGGUCGUCGUGAUGCAGCGGGAGUAA